UAAACCGCACAUUGUACUUCACGGACGGAAAAAUUAUCGCUGAUUAAGUAAAAAUUAUCAACAAAGGUUAUGAUAAUAACAAUAAAGUGCACGGCUACGUUUCAAAACAAUAAAACGGAUUUGAUUUCAAACAGCGUUUUAAAAUGAGUUUUUAUAUGUACUUACAGAACAAGGCAUUCUAUACAUCCAUAACCUAUCGGGUUUUCUUUGUUUUUAUAAUUAUUGUGGAAAAUUUUUUAAUUGAGUUAACGAAUACUUAUAUUUUUUUAUAUUCACUAAAACGUUAUUGUGUCUAUUUUUAAACCAACGCGACGCAAGGCCACAGUCUGUUAUCGCAACAACCAUGCGGAUGUGAAGGAAAAAGUGGGUCGCCGAAUUAAUUUAAACCCUUAAACCAAUGAUAAAAUGUGCAAUGUGACUGGAUGUUACUUAAGAUAUUGAUAACGGCAUUUGUUCGUAAUAUGGGCUUCAAAAAAAUGUUUUGCGGGAAGGCAGCCGAUGGACUCGAUAAAAUAAUGACGACGCCGUACAGUUAACGCACAAACAGUGGAAGGAUCAAGUGACCGUGAGUGCCAUGAACGAUAUGUCGCCAGUAUAAAUAGCCAGAACGGCCCACUAUUUUUUUGUGGGGAUAAAAAAGGGAACAUCAACCAAACAAUAAUGUACUUUUUACAGUACGAAAAUAGUGUAAGCAACAUGCCCGGUUCGGUAGUGUUAAUCAAUGUAAACGAUCGAAGUUGAACCUCGUGGUCGAUUGUAAAUAAUAAUAAUAUAUUUAUUGUUAUUGAUCGUGUAUCUUGAAGGGAGGGUAAAAUUUACGAAAUAUAAAUAUAAUUGUGAAUGUUAGUAUUAUUGUCACUAUGUGUAUUUAAAUGUGCUGUUAAAAGUGUGAACGAAAGAUGCCGGGAUUGGUGGCGUUCCGGAGAAGAUGGAGCGUCGGCUCCGAUGAUAUGGUGGUGCCAGGAGUGUUCCUGUUCACUAUGCAUUUGAUAUGGACAGUUGUACUGUGCGUUAUAUUGUUCAUGACCCACUUCGACAGAUCCGUCUCCUGCGUGAAGCUCCUGUGGGAAUAUGUGAUAGGAUACUUAGGAUUAUUAGUGGUGUCGUUAGCCACAGAGCUUUCUAUAAGUAUAGUUGCCACAAGAGGAAGUAUUUUAGAUACGGAACCACGGAAAUCUAUGCAAUUUAUUUUAUAUUUUAGACUUGUGAUAUUACUGUGCGAAGCAGCGUGGCUGAUAGUCGGUGUGCUGUGGCUUGUCAAUUUCUAUUCCAGUUGCCAAAUAGAAAAGGCGAAAGAAACUGUUUUAGGUUUGAUCGUUUGCAAUUGGUGUAUUCUCUUAUCGAUCCUCAUUACCGUCUGGUGCACUUACGAUUCAGCUGGUAGAUCCUGGGUGAAAAUGAAAAAUUACCAGAUGUCAAUGAGACAAUCGGAGUCCAAGUAUCAGUACAAAAGGUCCGGUAGCACGAGGAAUUGGAGACAAAGAAAAGUCCUCAGAGCUUACCAAGAUAGCUGGGACCAUAGAUGCCGAUUUAUUUUUUGCUGUAUGCGCCCGUCUGAUAGGAAUCGGAAUUCUUUUGCCGAUAUCGCAAGACUUUUGUCUGAUUUUUUCAGGGACCUUGAUGUUGUGCCAUCCGAUGUCGUUGCGGGCCUAGUUUUAUUAAGGAAGUUUCAAAAAAUUGAACGAAAAGCAAUCGUUGAACAGCGGAAAAACGAUACAUAUGAAUUCCUUUCUGGAGUACCAAUAACUCCCAGGACCCAUUUCUUAUCCCUCCAUGAAGGCGGAGACUUGGAGCUCUUUCAAGCCGUAAUUCACUACUCUCACUAUGCCUUGAAAGCGUACGGUUGGCCAAUGUAUCUUAUGACUGAAAACUUUGGCAUUUGUAAACUCUGCGGCAGCCUGAGUUGUUGCUGUGUACCGUGUAGAAAAGACAACCAAGCCGAAAUAAUUGACGACAAUUGCUGCAACUGCCACUUUGCUUCUUUGAAGAAAUUAUCAAAAAUUGGUGAUAUCGAAAUAAUAUAUGCCACGUAUCACGUCGACGUUGGAGAAACACCAUUUUUCGUUGCUUUGGAUUACGAUAGGAAAAAGGUUGUGAUCAGUAUACGAGGAACUUUAAGCAUGAAGGAUAUUCUAACGGACUUAAAUGCCGAAGCUGAGACAAUACCUCUUACCCCUCCUCAAGAGGAUUGGUUGGGCCAUAAGGGCAUGGUACAAGCUGCACAAUACAUUUUAGAAAAACUCCGUUCGGAAAGACUUCUUGAAAGGGCCUUCGACUUCAAACCAGAGAGAGGGACCAGAGAUUUUAAAGUGGUUGUAGUGGGACAUUCCUUAGGGGCUGGAACAGCUUCCAUUUUGGGGAUUCUGCUAAGGCAAGAAUUCCCAGAUUUAAAAUGUUACUGUUAUUCACCCCCUGGAGGACUCCUGAGUGCUUCUGCAGUAGAAUAUACAAAAUCAUUCACGAUUUCAAUAGUGGUUGGGAAAGAUGUAGUUCCUAGAAUAGGUUUAAACCAAAUGGAAGCACUAAGGGCUGACCUUAUUAAUGCCAUAAAAAGAAGCAUAGAUUCUAAGUGGAAAAUCAUAACCUGUAGUGUAGUGUGCUGCUGUUGUGGAGCAGAGCCCACUUCUGCAACAGAACUUGCGAAAAAGGAGAGUGCGAUAAUGGAAUACAUGAACUCCAAGACUCAAGUGCGUUCGUUAGGAAACGUUAGACACCCUUCUGACAGUUCUAUUGCAUUAACAUCUCACGAACCCCUAUACCCUCCAGGAAGAAUCAUCCACGUAGUGCGUCAUCAUCCGAAAAAGGGAGAACAAGCGUUUUCUUCCAAAGAGCCAGUAUACCAGGCUUUAUGGGCUGAAAAUACCGAUUUCGAUGAAGUAUUAAUUUCACCAGUCAUUAUCCAAGACCACAUGCCAGACAAAGUGGUAGAAGCCCUGAGCAAGGUUGUAACGCAUCUUGGACCCCGUAAACCUCAGCGAUCUUCAUCGAACGUUACUAACAAUAGUACAGAUGAUGGCAUAUUCGUAGAACCACAUGGAAGUACAUCCCCAAGACGAAAACUUUGCUUAGAAACAAGUUUUACUUCUCUUCAAAGUCCAAGUGUAUGUCCUAGUAACGCUUCCUCGAUUACCAAUGGAUUCUAUCCUCCAACGUCUUCGCUGGAAGUGACCAGCAUCGUAUCAGUUCUUGAAAACAAAAUUAAAAGUCCGUCGUCCAAUAUUACAUUAUGUUCUCCAAAAAACAACAGAAAUUUGUCGCUUGACCUCAAACAGAAGCAAAGCGGAAUAUAUCACUCUUCAUUAGAUUUAAUUCAUGACGAUUGGUUAGGUCUUGCGCCUUUAGCAAGUCCCGAAAGUAUGUCUGAAAUAUCUAGCAUCAGUUCUAGAGCGAGUUUUAUAACCAAUGUUGACGUAAGAAUUGAACUGCGAACUCCGAAAAUGAUGAGAAGAACUCCUAAGAUCCACGGGAACUUGAGUACUUGCGCAGAUGACGAAAAGAGCGUUAAGAAGUUCCAAAAGUACAGUUUAACUUCCAGAUGGCUACAACCUACCGCCAUUAGUAGUUCUUCGACUAAUUCGAGUAGCAAUUUAAGUUUCGAAUCAGCGAGCAGUAAAAAUGGAGAACAUUUUGUUGAUCAAAGUAAAUGUUGCUGGAAGAGAGACACUGUACAAGCCAAAGAGGAACAAACAGUCAAUGUACCCAGUGAAAGUGACGACUAUCAGUCAGCUGAAGACAUACUUGAUACAGUUAUUGCUACCGCCGGUUGUACAGAUUUUUUCAGUACAAAUAAACCAACUUUUUUGGAGACUCAUCUUGAUGAAAUUUUCUUCAAGAGCGAAACUGAUGUUGUUUCUGAUGCCAACGAAAGUGUGCCAAAAAAAUCAAUAACAACAGCGACUUUAGAUAUUCCGACCUUUACAAGUUCCUUACCAAGUCCUGGAUCAUCAAUGAUGCGUUCUAUAAGUAGCCAAAGGAGUUGCCAAUCAUCUCCCCAAGUCUUAUCACCCGUUUCACCUCACGAUGAUCCUGACUUAAUUUCCAAUUUUGCAAUAGAUCUAACAGUAGACGAACAACACAAAUCACCUCAACUUAGUCAAUUAUUAGAAGAGUCUCAAGCCUUUAAGCAAACAAGUGUCGACUCAUCAGGUAGUACAGGUAGAGCUUCGAUGGAAAACAAGAACGUCACGUUCAAUCCUGAAGUUAUUAACAUUAAUCAAGCCCUUAUGUUAAGAGAUUUGUCCGGGAAAGGCAGGGAUAAAAAACGAAAAAAAUCAGACAAAUGGCAUCUACUUCCGGGACGACACAAAUCCUCCAAAAAGAAACCCCAAGCGGAUGUCAAAGUCGAACAAACUCCAAAGGUUGCUGUGGGUACAAAGAAAGAAGGUUGUGAAGAAGAAUAUUUUUCCAGGACAGAAGGCCUGCCUCUGUUAAGUGGAUUGAGUGCUGUUAGUAUAGAAAAAUCUCCUAGUUUUGUUAGACGGAAAAAAUAUGUUUAUCCGACAGUUACAUCGUAUGAAGGUAGAGGAGAGAGUAGUGUGUAGUAUCUACUGUACAAGUACCUGUUUAAAUCAUCAAAUGAGAAGUAAUAGAAAAGAACCCACGUAUCAAGAUGUCAUCUUAAUUGGUGCCUAGUAUUAAGUUAAAUACCAAAAGGUAUCAUUACUGAAUUUUGAUUCAGAUUUGCAAUGGCCAAAUAAUAUUUAUGAUAUAUAAACGGUUAGGUUAGUGACAAAACUGAGCCAAAAUAUUGCAUUAAUAUUUUUUGGUAGAGAACUUUAACACUUUCUAAUUAAGUUCGAUAAUCAAUAUUAAAACGUGUUCACCUAAACAGUAAUCUCGUUUCAAAAUUGAAUUAUUAAAUAGAUAUUAGCAUUGUAUAUAAUUAGCAGUAAUUUUGGAAACAUUUAGGUCAGUGUUGACUACUUUUUCAUUUUCCAACGUUUAGACAGAAAAGUCGGUCAUCUUCAGGAUUCUGUGGUAUUUUUUUAAUUAUUUUGUUAUGAAACUACAACUGAAAAUUUUUAUUUUAUUGAUUUGAUUGUUGCAUUUAAUUAUAGAUGUUAGAAUUCAUUUAAAAGAAUGAUUAUGUAACAACCAUUCCAGACAUGCAAUUCUUCUUUUACAAAAACAUUAUUUAUAAGUUGUUACAUGAUCUUGAAGAAGACUGAACUCAAUUGAGACAUUGGCAAAUAAAUAUUUAAUUUGCACUGCAACUAUUACUUGUGCUAAAUUUUUGCCAAGAUCGGUACUUAUAAUAUUAAACGGUUGGAGUUAUACCUUUUUUGAAUAAAUUAUACAAUAAUGAGAUUCUGUUUCCCAUAGCAAAAGGUGUGCGUGAAAAAAAUAAAAGAGUCAUAAAUUAGUAAAAAGGCACCGUGAGAUCGAUAUCUGAUAAGAUUUGAUAAUUAAUUAAACAAUAUUUUUAAUUGUCAUUAAAAACUCUCAAGUUAGGUACAAUUUAUUUUAAAUUAUUUUCAAUAAUUGAAAAGUACUUUUUCGAUAUCAUGAUCCGUCAUAUGCGAUAAUUAUAAAUUGGAAUAAAUGCUUUGUUGGAAAUAUGAUCUGAUGAUUGGCAUUAAAACUUCCUCUUGUAAAUCUUGGUUCGUGGGUCAAAAGGUAUCACUGUCUUUAUUUGACUUACACUUAGUACCAAAAUGAAUGCCUAGUUAGGUAAACAAUAUAACCAGCGGAAAUAAUAAGAUUUGUUGUACGUUUACACUAUAUAGGAGUUGUUCCUUCACCUACUUAUUACAUGAUACAUGAUAAAU